GACCAAAAGGAGUGCUCAUCGAACACGUAAGUCUACUCUAAGUAAGUAAUAUGUGUCCCAGCUACUCACAAUUUACUUAGGCCAGCAUGAUUAAUCUUGUGGAUGGUCCUACCUUGGAAAUCCAACCAGGUGAUCGUGUCGCUCUGACAGCCAACCCCUCAUUCGAUGCUGCCUCCUUCGAGAUCUGGAACAGCCUCGUUCAUGGCGCAACCAUCUUCAUCUUGACAGCACACCUAGCAGAUACAGACGCUGUUGCAGCCUUCUUCCGAGAAAAGCGGAUUCAAAAGGCCUUUCUUCCUACUGCUGUCUUUCAUCGUCUAUUUGGUGAUGCCAAUGUCGCGGCCUCCCUUAAUGCCACGCUCCGCAUGAUCAACAUCGGUGGGGAAAAGCUCAGCACUACUGUCGCAAAGACAUUCCUACGACAUGCUCCUGAUGUUCGGUUGA